AUGGACGCCCGCGGCCCCGUCCCUGCGGCCGCCGCCCACCCGCGCCGCCCGCUCGCGCACCAGUCCGUGUCGCUGCGCCACAGCCCGCCCGCAAAGACGCGCGCCGCAAUCACGCUGAGCACGUCGCCGGCCGCCGCCGCCAGCGACCGCGCGAACCCGCCGUCCAGCCUGUCGCCGCACCACCCGCGCCACCACAGCUCGGGCGAGAGCAGCGACGCCGCCGGCUGGUUCGAGCGCACCAACAACGACGGCGCCCUCGACGCCGCCUUCACCGACAACGACCCGCCGUUCCUGCUACAGAACUCGUCGUCGUCGGACCGCACCCCAUCCGCUGCCCGCCAGCCCGACCUGCCCUACCGCACCCACCUGCUGCCCACCCACACCGACGGCAGCAGCACCGAGGACUUCCGCAGCGUCAUCGACGACCUGACCGUCGCCAACCGCCGCCUCAAGCAGCGCCUGCGCAAGUACGAGCGCGUGCACGCCGCCCACCUGCAGGACGAGAAGCUGUUCGAGGUGCGCUUCCACCGCCUGCCCGACCACAAGAAGAAGGAGCUCGAGGCCACCCUGCGCGCCUUUGCCGCCGGGCUCGACGACACCGCCGACCGCCUCGACCCCGCCCACGUGCCGCAUCUGCCCAAGGACCCCACCGCCUCGUCCGCCUCGCGCUUCGCCGAGUCGGGCUAUGCCUCCAUGUCCGCCUCCGGCCAGAACUCGUCGACCCCGUCCAACGGCGCCUCCCAUGCCGCCGCCGCCGACAAGAAGAUGACCAAGUCGGCCUACCACCGCCAGCAGCAGACCAUCCACUCGUACCUGCACGACAUUCCCCUGGGCCUGCUGCCGCAGGACAACGCCCCCAUGUCCGACAAGGCCCGCAAGAAGAUGGUCGUGCGCCGCCUGGAGCAGAUCUUCGCCGGCCAGCGCUCCGCCCCGGGCGCCCACCCGCACCCCAUGCAGCAGGAAGAAGUCGCCCAGUCCGCCGCCACCGCCGACCGCCGCGAGCGCGAGGCCACCGGCCGCUCCUCCCGCCCCGAGGGCCAGCGCACCGCCUACAUCAUGCCCGACCGCCCCGACGACGACGACACCGUCCUGCACCUCCCGGCCCAGCAGCGCGUGCUCGAGCAGGACUUUACCUCCGGCUCCGGCUCGCCCGACCAGCGCCCCACCCGUCCGCUGGACCUGGACCCCUACCGCGCCCAGGUGCCCGCCGCCAACAUGGACUACUUCCGCCACCUGGGCUUUUCCCCGCCGAACAUGACCACCAUCACCGAGUCCAUCGGCGAGCACGGCUGGCUGUACCUCAACCUGCUCAUCAACAUGGCCCAGCUGCACACCCUCAAUGUCACCCCGGACAACGUCAAAGACGCCAUCGCCCAGUACAGCACCCGCCUGGAGAUCUCGCCCGACGGCCGCAAGGUACGGUGGAGGGGUGGACACGCGUUUAGUAAAACCAGCAGCGACGGCUCUCCCGAUGACCGCGCCGACGCCUCGCCAUACCAGGGCGCGCAGAGGUCGCCCGAGAAGAGCUCCAAGACUGGCAACAGUACCAGCAUCGAGAGCGGCUAUGGUUCCGAGCAGCGCCGCAGCGCCAAUGCUGCGCCCCAGCCCGCCGACAUGGGCAAGCUUGCCUACAAGCCGCUGUUCUUCCGCAGAGAGAGCUCCGACGAAGACGUCGACUUUUACGACCCCACCGAGUCGGCCGACUCGCCCUUCCAGCCCCAGCACGGCGACUCGUCAGGCCUGGGCAGCUCUAACCUGAAGAGCAGCCUGUCUGCCAAGCGCCGCGACGACGGGCCCAUGAUCUUCUACAACAAGGCCAAGUUCUGCACCGACCUGACAGGCGACCGAGUGGGCGCCUCACUGACCCUGCCGGAAAACUACAAGACCAUCACAAGUCAUCCACUUGGUGCCCCGUCUGACCCAGAGAGCAAGCGCUCCGAGCUGCUGGAGCCCAGGGGGCCGCUGGACGACGCCACCAUGGACUCGGACUCCAAGAGCGGCACACGAACGCCAUCCACGCUCAGCUUCGGCUUCUCUCCCGGCAGUCUGCAGGACCACUCCGGCGCGGACAGCCCAGACGUCAUGGACUUUGAAGUUUCAGGCCUGGGCGGCGUGCAGCCAGACGACAACUUCUCCAUCCGCGUCCAGCGCUCGCAGGUCCCCGCCGCCCCAGCCGUCCACGCCGCCCGCCGACCCAGCCUCUACCCCUCCAAGAUCCAGGCCAUUCUCGGCGCAGACAGCACGCAAGAAGCACCGCGCCGCUCGACCAGCCCUAAGGUCGAACAAAACCUCAUCUCCGCCGUGCACCAAAAAAUGCCAUCCUCCACCCUGCCCCCGCCCUCGUACUUCCCCUUCGACUCGCUGUCCUCGGGCGAAGCCUCCGACGACGAAGACUCGUCCUCGGAAACCGGAGACUCGGUCUCGGCCGCAAACGACGCCUCAAACGCCGCCUCGACAAACAACCCCUCCACCACCCUGCAGCUCCUCAACGUCGCGCCCCCGCAUUACCCGGGCUCCGUGUCGGAGGCGUCUGAGUACUCCGAGGACUCGGACGACGGCAUCAUCGACCUGCUCGCCACCGCGCGCGCCACGCACCCCGACACCGUGCGCGCGUCGGAGCGCGAGUACGACGCCGCCGUCGCCGACCGCUUCGCUGAGGAAAUUGCCGCGGGUAGCUCGGCUGCGACUGCCGGCGGCGGCUCCGGCUACGGAUCUCCUGUCUCGCGGCGCGGGCGGCGCAGCGUCAAGGGCGUUGCGGGCGGCGAGGCUGAGCGGGGCGUGAAGCGCAGAGGCGAGGACGGUGGAGUGGGGUCUGGGAGCGGGGCGAAGACGCGGCGGAUGGAGUAG